AUGAAUGAGAUAGAAAGGGAGUUCAUUGCUUCCCUCUUUACUAAAUUAAAGGCGAAACCAACAUUUUCGGUACUUGGAGAAAACAAAGUUUCAUCAAAUAUCCCCCUAAAAGUCGAAGACAUCUCAAAUAAAAUUUCAAACAAGCAGUAUGUCGGAUUUUAUGACUUUGUUCUUGAUGUAAGAUAUCUAUUUAUGCUACACAAAGAGUUUGUAGAAAAAGAUACUGAUAAAUUACUGAUAAUAAGCACCUUACUUCGUUGGUUCGAAAGAAAAAUCCAAAAAGCACCUCAUUCUACAAAAGAUUCAAUUGAUAUCGCAUUGGGAAAACAAUUGCAUCGUUUGAACGAAAUCGAACAAAUAUUAAGCGUUUGUUCAUACAAAUCCUCAACUUCGAGCGAAAAUACAGAAGACGUAACUCAAGACUAUUGCGAUAAACCGUAUUUCAUACAGAAUUUAAUCGAAAGAUUAUCAGAUGUAGCUCAGUACGAAGAUGUCAUCAAGAUUUUUGCUAAAUACAAUAUAAAUAUAUUGCAAUCCAAUAAAGUAUCCAUCCCUUUUGAAAAAAUUCCAGAGGAAUGCAGAAAAGAGCUCUAUAACUACCUAUAUAAGAAGAUAUUAUAA